AUUUUUGCCUAUAAAAUGAAGCAUUAUGGAUAAUUAGUUAGUAUGCGUCGUGACCUUAAAAUAUGCAAGUCCAACAAUGUGUGUUACAUAUAUUUAUCACGUUUUCUUGUUUUACCCUCACCUUUCAAUUGAGUGAACUAGUAGAUAAUGAGGGAUAUGAAUCAAAAGGUGAGGAUCCUGAGCCUGAUAAUCAUGGCACAACUAAAGAAGACCACAGCCCCCCUAUACCAGUUCAUGAAGACUGUGAAGAAGAUAAGAAAAAUAACGAUUUUGGAUCGAUUGGUAGCAAUUUUCAAUCGAAUGAUAUUAAUAAUGGAUCUUCAGGUACAAUGAUACAGAAAGAUUUGAUUAAAAAUGGAUCAUCCAGUAGCUCCGCAUCGAGAUACCUGAAAACCCGUGGAAUAUUUUCCGAUAAUGUUUUGUUUGGGGCAGCAACUUCAGCCUACCAAAUCGAAGGUGCGUGGAAUAAAGAUGGUAAGGGAUUGAGUAUUUGGGACACUUUUAUUCAUAGAGUACCAUCUCCCGUAAGAAAUAAUGCCACUGCAGAUGUAGCCGCCAACUCAUAUUAUAAAUAUAAACAAGACGUCCGACUUGCUGCAGAGCUUGGUUUGGAAGUGUAUAGAUUUUCCAUAUCUUGGUCUAGGGUACUACCAACUGGUUAUUCGAAUAAAAUUAAUCAUAGAGGUUUAAGAUAUUACAAAAAUCUUGUACGUGAAAUUCGUAAACAUAAUAUGAUUCCGGCUGCUACGAUUUAUCAUUUCGAUCUGCCACAACGUCUCUUUGACGAUGGUCAUCACUGGGUCAAUGCCAGUUUAAUACCUCAUUUUGUAGAUUACGCCAGAAUUGUUAUAAAAAAUUUACCAGAUGUUGGAAUUUGGUUCACAAUCAACGAACCUAAGCAGAUGUGCUAUCUUGGAUAUAAUAGUGACAUUUUUGCUCCUGCUAUAGAAAGUGAUGGAUUAUUGGUAUAUCAAUGCUCUUAUAUAGCUUUGAAAGCGCACGCUGCUGUGUAUCAUAUGUAUAAACGAGAAUUUCCCCAUUAUAAAGCAAAAAUGACCAUUAUCAUAGACUGCGUAUGGAUAGAACCUUAUUCUAACUCUGACGACGAUGAGGAAGCAGCUGAACGACAGAGACAAUUUGAGUGUGGUCUUUACUACAAUCCAGUGUUCAAGGGUGAUUGGCCGGAUAUAGUAAAAAUGAGGAUCCGCGACAGAAGUUUUGCAGCAGGAUUAACCAGAUCAAGGUUACCACAAUUUACUAGCGAAGAAAUUGAAUACAUAAAAGGAACUGCUGACUUCUUAGCUGUAAAUCAUUAUUAUACGCUACUAGCAAGAGAUGUAUGCGAAGCUCCUGCAAACGAAAUUAGUUACGAGGCUGAUCUUGGAGUAGCUGAUUCUUUCGAUCCUUCAUGGACAGUCGAAUCUAAUGGAAUCUUUGUUAGCGUUCCCUUCGGUGUUCGUAAAGUAUUAAAUUGGUUAAAAAAACAUUAUGAGCCUAAUGAAAUUAUGAUAACAGAAAUAGGAAUGUCCGACAACGGCACUUAUACUGAUGAUUUAGACCGAGUGGAUUUUUAUGGGGACUAUUUUUGUAACAUUCUUGAAGCAGUGGAUGAGGGCGUUAAUCUUACAGGAAUCAUUUAUUGGAGUUUACUAGACAAUUUUGAAUGGACUUUCGGUUAUACGGCACAUUUUGGGCUUUAUCACAUCGACUAUAAUGAUCCUAAACUUCGACGAAAACCAAAAAAGUCAGCAAGUUUCGUUCAAGAAUUAACAAGGACCCGGAAAUUGAAAUGCGACAAGCCUAGAAGGAAUUGGGUCUCACCACCUAGGCUACCAGGAAUCACAAGAAGUCUUUCACGUGACCAUAGUCAACGUUCUUUAUCCACUCCGCGUCUCAAUUCUGCCUUGGAGGAAAUGAAAAAUCGUUUUUAUUCACGUGUGGAUGAUGUUUAGAUUCUAGAAAUUUAUUCUAAUAUCUUGAUAAAUAUUCGAAACAAUGAAUCAUACUGUUCAUUUGAGACUUUUUCAUUUAUUAUAGUACGUUGACAAAAAUUCUAUUUUUCCGUUAUCUAGUAUUGCGCAGAUUAAUUGAUGUUCUGGAUUUACAAUAAGUGGCUCACACCUUUAUUAUUUUCAAUACAACAAGUUUGUACCUCAAACCCCUUAUCUUAGUUCACCUCAUUUGAAAAAAAAAAUAUUGUUCAUUGGGCAUAAAAAGGUCUUCCUGUCAUGUAUAAUGAUUAUUGCGACCUAGAUACAUUACGCGAUAAGACAAUUGGAUAUUCCACCACGGAUAAUAAUAUGAAUGCCAAAGCGAAGCAAUAAAUUCUUGGAUGAAAAACGAUUAUAAAGAAAAUAGAUUACCAAAGAUUGUACUGGCAUGCAUAGUAUGAAACUAUAACUUGUUGAUUGGUCUACUUUUUUUAUUAACUAUUUUUCUUUCUCCAAUGAUUGUGGCGCUACAGUUACUUUUGUAACACCAAAGCCUACAGUAAUAAAGUAAUUCUGAUGCAUCAGAUUAGAUUUUCUUGUAUUUUAUAACGUAAUUUUCCUUUUUAUGUGCAGUAUUUACGAAAUUACCUCUUCAUGAGUUUAUUUAUCAUUUGUUGCUUUUCCAUUUUUUCAUUGUUUAUCCUUAAAAAUUCUUUCAAGCAAAAUUUGUAUAUUUGUAUAUCAUAUUUUUUGUUUAUGUAGGGAAAAGAAUGGAUAAAAUAAAACGGAUUUUGGUUAUAUUUGGAAAA